CAGAUAGUGAAACAGCUGAAACGACAUAUUUAAGCAAUAAUUCAGUUGUCGCUCGCGAAAAAGUGAAUAAAUAAAAAAUGGACAUAAGUUUUGACUUAUAUUAUAAUAACGAAAAUAUUGGGCGCAAAAUUGAUGUGCUACGUAUACGAAAAAGCCUUCGUGAUCACUCAAAUCCAUUGGAGCUUCCAAAUGCAAAAUUCAUAAGUUAUUUUCGAUUAAAUAAAGAAGCAUUUUGUUUUUUGCUGAAUGAGAUGAAGGAACAUUUCCACAAACGUGUGCAAGGAACGGCCAUACCUCCUAUAUUAAAAUUAUGCGCAACUCUGCGUUUUCUUUCUGACGGUGGUUAUCAAAAAUGCAGUGGAAAUGAUUUUAACAUUGGGUUGGCGCAACCUACGGUAUCCUUAGUAAUUAAGGAGGUUCUUAAAAUAUUUGAACAACGUAUUUGUGCCAAAUGGAUAAAAUAUCAAAUGACUGAGGAGGAGCAAAACGCUUCAAAAGUAUCUUUUUAUUCAAAAAGUGGUUUUCCGGGAGUAGUUGGAUGCAUCGACGGGACUCAUGUUCGCAUAAUUUCACCAAAAAAAGAAGUGCAACAUCUGUAUCUUAAUAGAAAGGGCUACUAUAGUUUAAACGUGAUGAUUCUUUGUGAUUAUAAAAUGUCUAUUCGGUAUGUGGAUGCUAGGCAUGCAGGCGCAAAUCAUGACUCUUUUGUUUUCAAUGUUAGCGAUUUGAAAGUGCAUUUACAGAACAACAUACAGAAUAACACUUGGAUCUUGGGCGACGCUGGCUAUCCUUUGCACAAAUUUUUAAUGACGCCUUAUCGCUUGACGGAAGCUUCUUCACCCCAAGCACGCUACAAUACAGUACACUCAAAGGCCCGGAAUAUUGUAGAGCGAACAAUUGGUGUACUCAAGAGUAGAUUUCGAUGUCUUUUAUCUGUACGAGGUUUACAUUACACUCCUGAAAAGGCUACGCAAAUUGUGAAUGCUUGUUGCGCAUUGCACAAUAUUUGCCAACACUUUCAAGUGGAAUCUCCGGAAGAAAUACCAUCUACCUCAAAUACUACAAUGACCAAUGAUGUUUUGGACAUAGAAAGAGAAGAAGAGGAUGCGGCUCGAAUAAUUCGCAAUAAUAUUAUGACUUCCCUCUAAAUAAUUAAAAUAUUAAAUUUCAUUUAUUCUUUCUAAUGUGCAUUCAGGCAUAUAUUUAAAUUAUAUUUAAAUAAAUUCAUUAAAUAACAA